GAAAAGGCAGGGAUUAGUGGAGUGAACUGGAUUUGGAACAGCCUGGCCUGGACUUUGAUUUUCCCUUGACUGAGCAGCAGGCAGUACAAGGUACGCUGUGUGAGGGAGACAGCAGGCAGAGCCGCCUGCUGGGGUUGGUGCGCUACGGCCUGGAGCAUGGUGGCCAGGAAUACGCUCUCUUCCUGUACACACACCGGAGGAUGGCCAUUACAGGGGAUGAUGUCUCUUUGGAUCAGAUUAUACCAGUCUCUCGGGAUUUUACACUGGAAGAAGUAUCCCCAGAUGGUGAACUCUACAUCCUUGGUUCAGAUGUGACUGUCCAGCUGGACACAGCAAAGCUCAGCCUGAUAUUCCAACUGCCCUUUGGUUCACACACUAGGAUGUUCCUCCAGGAAGUCACCAGGGCCUGUCCAAGAUUCGAUCCUGCGACCCCGGAUCCUGAGUUCCUCUGGCUAUCCCGUUACAAGUGUGUGGAGCCAGCGCCAGAGGCUCCCACAGCACGCGGUUGGAACACGGCCCCGGGUACCUCACCCUGGUGCGCAGCAAUUGGCGGAGGCAGUGGCACGCGGGGGCGGGCUCGUCUGGGGUGGGCGGAGCACGCGGGCGGGCGGCGGGAUGAGGAGCUUGAGGAAGCUGGCAGGGAAAUGUCCGCCGCCGCCGGCUCUCGGGAGUGCGACUCUGCAGGUACGGCGAGGGAUGGCAAGCGGGACUUAGGCGGGGGACUGGGGGAAGCUCGGUCGUGGGAGGCAUCAGGCCGGGCCUUCGGGUAG